CCAACUAACACGCAGAAAAACCUAACCCUAAUCCCCAUCACAAAAUCUGCACUUUCAACCCUUUUUAUUUCUCACUGAACACCUGCAUCUUCUCCUCCUCCCGCCGCAGAUCGCCGCUCAUCAUGCCGUUCAAGAGGUUCGUGGAGAUCGGAAGGGUUGCCCUCGUCAAUUACGGCGAGGACUACGGCAAGCUUGUCGUCAUUGUCGAUGUCAUCGAUCAGAACCGGGCCCUUGUUGAUUCUUCUGACAUGGUACGUAGCCAGAUGAACUUCAAGAGACUUUCUCUCACAGAUAUUAAGAUUGACAUCAAGAGAGUUCCGAAGAAGAAGGUUCUUGUUGCUGCUAUGGAGGCUGCUGAUGUUAAAGGAAAGUGGGAAAAGAGCUCAUGGGGUAGAAAGCUCAUUGUUCAGAAGAGAAGAGCCUCUCUCAAUGACUUUGACCGCUUUAAGCUUAUGAUUGCCAAAAUCAAGAAGGCUGGUGUUGUCAGGCAGGAGCUUGCUAAGCUUAAGAAAGAGACCUCAUCUUAGAAAAUUUAUUUUCUGUAUUUUACAAGAGCAAUGCUUAGGAUUUUGGAAAUUGUUCUUGAAUACUUGUAACAGUAAAGGAUGCUCCAAUUUUGCCUAUUCAUGUCUGAACUCGAAAGUUUUAUAUUUUUGUUUGAUGAAAUGCUCCCUUGGUGGGGGGCUGUAUUGACUA